AUGUCGAGCCAAUCACGCGGUAUUCCCGUACAGCACAACCCCUCGUCUACCAAUUACCGUCUCAUCGAGCUUCCCCCGGAUCUACAAAACAUUCUUGAGGCUGAAGACGCUCCCGUGCUUAGCAUUGAGUCUUCUGAUACAUCUGCUGUUAUCAAAACGCCCAACAAGACAUAUGCACUUCGUCAAAAGAACACAUCCAAUGCACUCAUGCUUAUCUCGCCCAUGACCUCAUCGUCUGAAGACGAGCCAAUUGGUCAGGGAAUUUCUAUAGUUUCCACGAUCAAGGAGACAAUAGAGCUAGAUGUCGUUCCUGAAAAGGCAACGAGCGCUCCAGGCAAGGGCAAGUGGCAUGAACGGUUCGGACGGAAUAGAUAG